AUGGAGCUGGAGCACUUUGACGAGCGGGACAAGGCUCAGAGAUACACCCGGAGAGGCUCAAGGGGAAAUGGGCUCCCGAGUCCCACUCAUAGUGCUCACUGUAGCCUGUACAGAACCAGAACUCUGCAAGCUCUGAGCUUGGAGAAAAAGGCCAAGAAGGUUCGUUUCUACCGCAAUGGAGACCGCUACUUCAAAGGGAUUGUGUAUGCCCUUUCUCAGGAGAGAUUCAGGUCUCUUGAUGCCCUCCUGGCUGAUCUCACACGCUGCCUAUCAGACAACGUCAACCUGCCCCAGGGGGUGAGGACCAUCUAUUCCAUCGAUGGGACAUCCAAGAUUACCUGCAUGGAGCAGUUUGUGGAAGGAGAGAGCUAUGUUUGUGGAUCCAUAGAGCCUUUCAAGAAGCUGGAGUACACAAAGAAUGUAAACCCCAACUGGGCGGUUGGGGUGAGGACUGCCGCGGCCGCCCGGUCCCCUACUUCCCUUGGCAGUGCUAAGGCUGGAGCUCCAGAAAUGAGGGGAGAGACCAGGGACUUCAUUAAACCCAAGCUGGUGACCAUCAUUCGAAGUGGGGUGAAGCCUCGCAAGGCAGUGCGAAUGUUGCUCAACAAGAAGACUGCCCACUCCUUUGAGCAAGUCAUGACCGACAUCACAGACGCCAUCAAGUUGGACUCCGGAGUGGUCAAAAGGCUGUAUUCUGUCAAUGGCAGGAUGGUGUCGUGCCUCCAGGACUUCUUUGGGGAAGAUGAUAUAUUCAUUGCGUGUGGCCCUGAGAAGUUCCGCUACCAAGAUGACUUCCUCUUGGAUGAAAGUGAGUGCAGGUUGGCAAAGUCCCCAUCCUAUGGCAGGAUCUCCCCCAUGCAAGGCCGCUGCCCCCAAAGAGGACCUGGUAUGUCCCACAGGAGCAAGUCUCCUUCCUCAUCCACUGGUUCAGCUAACGGGACAGCAGGCAGUCAGCUGUCCACCCCUCGAUCAGGGAAGUCGCCCAGCCCUUCUCCAACCAGUCCGGCCAGCCUACGAAGACGACGGGGCUCUCAGCACAGCGGCUCCUCUCUCUCUCUGGCAUCCACCAAGGUGUGCAGCUCGAUGGAUGAGGGAGACGGGGCCGGGAGUGAAGCUGAAUUUCUGGACGACUACCCCUCCGUCCCUGCCUCCCUAGCGGAGAGGUACAAAGUGGGGAGGACGCUGGGGGACGGCAACUUCGCUGUGGUCAGAGAGUGUUUGGAGAGGUCUACCGGCAGAGAGUACGCACUGAAGAUCAUCAACAAGGGCAAAUGCAGGGGAAAGGAACACAUGGUCCAGAGUGAAGUUGCGAUCUUGCGGCGUGUCAAACAUCCCAACAUCGUGCUGCUGAUCGAGGAAGUGGACACGCACAACGAGCUCUACCUCGUCAUGGAGCUGGUUAAGGGGGGGGAUCUGUUUGACGCGAUCACAUCUUCCAACAAAUACACGGAGCGGGACGCCAGCUGCAUGCUGUUCAACCUGGCCAGUGCUAUCAAGUACCUGCACGGCCUCAACAUCGUCCACAGAGACAUCAAACCAGAAAACCUGUUGGUGUAUGAGCACCCGGAUGGCAGUAAAUCUCUGAAGCUUGGGGACUUUGGCCUGGCUACGGUGGUCAACGGGCUGCUCUAUACAGUAUGUGGAACCCCCACCUAUGUGGCGCCUGAGAUCAUCGCUGAGACGGGAUAUGGCCUCAAGGUCGACGUUUGGGCAGCGGGCGUCAUCACUUACAUACUGCUGUGUGGCUUCCCUCCUUUCCGUAGUGGGGAAGAUCAAGAGGCUCUCUUCGACCAGAUUUUGAAGGGGCCGCUCAGUUUCCCUUUGCCAUACUGGGACAACGUGUCCGACACUGCCAAGGAGCUGGUCAGUGGGAUGCUGCAGUCGGCGGUGGAUAAGAGGUACACAGCUCAACAGGUCCUGGAUCAUCCCUGGGUCAAUGAUGAUGGUCUGUCUGAGAAUGAACACCAGCUAGCUGUGGCGGGGAAGAUCAAGAAGAACUUCAACAUUGGUCCCAAGCUCAGCAGCACAGCAGCCGGAGUGUCCGUCAUUACAACCACCCCACUUGAUAAGGAAAAGCAGAUUUUCCAACGAAGACGCCACCAGGAUGUGAAGUCCAUGCACCGUGCCCCGCAAAGCAUCAGUGUGGCAACGGGCGCCAGCCCUGGCUUCUCCCCCGCCGAGUUCACUUCUGAGUCUGAGGAUUACUCCCCGAACUCCGCCGACACCGUCCGCUCACCCACCUCCCCUUUCUAGAAGCCCAGGAUGCAGUCUGUCGCUCCGGGUAAGGAUGGGGGGUGGGAGGUGGAGGGGAUAAGGAUUAGAGAUCGGAGGGCUUGAGAGCCCAUCGUUGGGUUUCAGUCACACAGAUAAUGCAAGUGACAGACCACACACCGGUCCGUCACUUCGACUGCAGUACAGGUUGGUCCGUUUCAUGGGACAGCGAAGCUACGAUCAGCACUGUGCCGGGCUAACGGUGUUCCCUGAUAUCACGGUACGCAGUCAUUUACCACGGAUCGCCAUGGGUAUGCGAGUUUUUAAAACCACCCAACAUUACACCAGUGGAUUUCUCCUAUUAGUCUUCCUCUGUUGUGUUGAACUUGUGCCAGUUAGUGAAAUCAGCCAUUUAGCUGAUGUAGUGUUUGGUUAGAAACAAAACCAGUCCCCCACGGCACAUGAUUGAAUACCACCGUGUUUGGUUAGAAACAAAACCAGUCCCCCACGGCACAUGAUUGAAUACCACCGUGUUUGGUUAGAAAUAAAAACCAGUAUGGCGCCCCCAUGGCACAUGAUUGCAUACCACUGCCCUGAGAGCAUGCCAAGGCGUAAAAAAAAAAAAUCUGUAAUACAGGGUAUUUUUCCAAAAUGCCAUCAAACUGUUAGUAAUCACUCAUUAGCAUAAGCAUUGGCCCGUUGUUAUACACUACAGCCCUCAAGCGGUGCACAUUGUGUACUGCAAUUAAGCCAACCUGCUAUAUCAAUCGUAUGAUUUGAGCAACUCAUGCUACAGUGAAAAAUAAGCUUUUGACGUAUUGGUUGUGAUUCAAAUAUUUAAUUACAUCCUUUUGGUGAUACUUUAUAAGUAUUAUUAGAGGGCGUUUUGUACACUUUACAUUCUAUUAUCUGGGCAGUUAAAUUUAUUCAGUAUGCAGCAUACAUGUCGUUCAGCAGAAUAUACCAAUGUUUUCAUGUAAAGUAAAUGACCACUAAUAUGGGUCACUACUGUAAUAUGACAUUUAGAGCGCUCUGUGCUAUGGCUCAAGGUUUUUCAGUUUCAGUAUUGCUGCAAAAGAGGACUGUAAGACAUUUAGUUCCGAGUCCCCAUAAAUCCUGCUGUGGGAAAACAGCAGGAUUUAUGGGUAACGAGUGGAGAACGGGCUGCACUUUUCCCUCCACACUGCAAGUUGGUUAAUCUGUCAUCCGAUCGGACGAAGAGGGCGAAUGUACCAGUAGUUUUCCUAGCUGUUUUUAAGUGUGUGUAAUUAAUUAGCAGUGGUUCCAGUGAAUGCCGGUGCCAUAUAGUUCAUGAUAGUGCAUGUUUAAAGCCUUACCAUGGCACAAAUGGAUUAAGUGCAAUUAGGUGUAACACCCACAGAGCACAACGUCAUUCCCAAUGUUUGUGAAUGGCGGCCCUCUGACUAAUGUUUGUAUUGGCAGAAGGGAACUGAUGCACUGAAUUCAUUAGUUCCUAGUUGAACAUCCUGGAAUUUCAGUUGAGUCAUGGAAAAUUCAGUAACGCGUUUCCGUCAACUUCCAAUUAUAUUUGAAGUUGUUUACUGGGGUCACUAUUUUUGCUGGUCAACUUUUGCAGUGAUUCUAGUUGCUUAAACAAUAAUGACUUUUAAGACCUUGCUCUUCUGACCGUAUUAUAUUGGUUAAUCUACUGCUUAUGGAUCUAUUGUCCUCAAGAAUCCAAAAUAUUCAUGGCUAUGAAUGUCUCCUUUCUUCAAUUAAAUCCUGUAAACUGCAUGUGCGCUAUAUCCGAAUGCUUUCUAAACGAAUUGUACUGGUCAAUAUACACCCGUCAGUUUUGUAACCAUUUCCUUUUCCUAUGUCACUGUUACUUGCUGUCUUGUUGGAUGCAGUUCGGUUAAGGCAAGAUAUACUGUAGUGACACCACCACUGAAUCAAGGAUUGUAUAUAUGUAUUUUGAAAGAGACGUAAUUUCAUCAUCCUAUUGACACUGUUGGUCUGCAGGCAUGAUGGAUUGGGACCUGGUAAAAAGCAAUUCACUUGCAAUGAAGAAGAAAUAAGCUAAAAAGCACAAGUUAGGCUUUUAUUGCUUGAAAAAUACAUAAUUGUUUGGUUCCUCAAGAAUGAGUAUUUCUCUCUGACAAGUGAUAGGAAGAGGUCUGGUUAUCGUGAGAAAUUAUACAAAAAAAAUUAAACAUGGGUCUUGUGAUCCUCUGAACAUUUUGGAUGUGAAAUAUGCAACUAGAAUGUCGGUGUUGUGCAGAAGGAGCAGGGGUGUUUAUGCUGUACUAUAUUCAUCCACAUUACCUUAAUGUAGGGACAUUAUAAGACAUUCUGAAUGGGAAUGAAUACCAGUAGCAUACUACUUUUAUAAUCAGAAAAAAAAAUCCAAAAUGUUAUCAUGGUUAAAGCAAACUGCAAACAAUAAUGCACUUCUAAAAAAAAGAGUAAAAGCCUGUGAAUAAAUGA